AAAUUCUCACAUCAUGGGUCUGAGCUGUUCAAAGGAGAUCAGUGAAAAAUUCGGAUUCUCGGAGAAGAUGAAGGAAACAAACAAGAAGAUCUACCUGUGUAACGCCGAGGGCGAGGAGAUGUCGUCGUCUAGCAUGAGGGGAAUCCCCGACGCCACCCCCGUCCUGUCGCCCGAGACCCAGGCCAUCGUGGUCGAGUCGUGGAAGAUUAUCCGGACGGAUAUAGAGCGAGUGGGCGUGGUCAUGUUCAUGGGGCUUCUCGAGGACCCGGGCAUCAGGGGCACGUUCCUGUCGUUCCAGGACAAGACGGCCGAGGAACUGAAGGCCAGCACCGCCCUGCGCUCGCACGUGCUGAGGGUCAUGGGCGCCGUGGAGAAGGUCGUGGCCCGUCUGGACAGUCAGGAGAAGGUCAUCGCCCUGCUGCACGACCUGGGGCACAGGCAUAUGGCGUACAAUGCCAGGCCGGAGUUUCUUGAUCUUGUCGGUCCACAGUUCAACAACGCCAUCCAGCCGGCACUCGGGGAUAAAUGGACGCCGGAAGUGGAGCAAGCCUGGGCAGAUCUUUUCCGUUACAUAACACACUUGAUGAAGGAGACGAUGGUCAUGUGAUCUACCACACGCUCCGUGAGAAAUGGAUCAAGUUACACAACGGAAGUGGCGGAAACACAUUUCUGCGCAUGCCUUAAAAUAACUCGAUGUGCGUCUUUCAGAGACAGCCCAACCAGCAAUACACAACACACUCUCUUGUAGAACUUUGCGGCCAUUUAGUGUGUAAUAAAAAAAAGUGUAUGUCAGAGUACUGUCUGACCUGACAUCACAAAUGUAAUAAUCAGAUCAUUUAACUAAAUGCAAAUAUUUGUCUACCUGUAAAACUCCAAGACAGUAUUUCCUGAAUGCCUACCGUUUGUUUGACGUGAGUGGUAUGAUUCGUUUGGCAUAUAAUGGCAUAAAGGUGUCUAGGGUUGGUACAAGGCUGGCUUAAAUAAUGAUUAAAAGAAACUAUGCUGAUGUUCAUAAACAUUACUGACGCCAAGUCAUUUUUUUUAAAGAUAAUAUGUUUGAUGUAAAAAAAAAGUAGGAAAUAUAUCAUCACAAGUUAAUACGUUUGUAUUGACAAAAUUUACGAAUGCGAGCAAUUCGCUAAACAUGUUUGUGGAACCUAAAUCCGUAAAAAUGAUUCGUUUAGCGUGAGCUCAUGCGAUAAAGUGCUGUAAUUUGGGUAAAUAAUGUUGAAAGCACUUUAUUUUAUUUCAAAAAUUCAAUAAAAAUACGUCAGUGGAUAUUUUCUGAUUUAAAGAAACUUGUCAUAUUAUACUGUUAUUUUUACUAUGUUUUAUAAGAAAUGUACUGUGAUAUAAGCUUAAACUUUUGACAAUACGUCUCUGACAGCCUCUCUAGUAACCAACGGGUGCAUCGUCUGCAUACUAGGAGUUAGGUUUACUUAAAAACUAAGAUCGGCUUGUGUGAUUUGUCGCAUAGUGACACGGCCAAUGAGAACUUGUCUUUUUAAAGAUACUCACUGCUACAAAACCCGUAUCAUGUGAACUAUCAGUAUACGUUUGCGACAUUGAUUCGUGUUAUUGUUAAUCUGACCGAGUUACGUUUGAGGUGUAGGCUAAAUAUAAAGACGGUGUGAGAGUUUCUUUAGUUCACAGUUAAAUUUUCAUCUUACAUUUUUAUCAUCUUAAAUUUGUGUCAGCAUUUUAAAUACAUUUUUCUUCUGUAUAAUAAACACACUUUAUGUAUG